AUGCUGGUCCCCCAGGCUAUCUACACCUCCGACGCGGACGCGCUGGGCGCGUUCCAGGUUUCGGAGAGCCUGGGGUCCUUCGGCACGAAGGACUUCGCAGGGCGGCCCCUGCCUAUGGGCGAGCUGCUCCGCGCGAGCCCCGCCGCGCUCUCGGGGCGCUUUGCCCGCGCCAACGACAUGUCCAUCACGAAGCUGAUCACGACCGGGAGCGUGCGUUUGAGAAUCUCGUGGCCGGGCUACGCGGACUGGACGGCCGAUAUUCACGCCGGCCCCAUCAGUUCGAUGGCGAUUCAGGUCGCGGCCGUCUUCAAACAUUUCCUCACGGUGUCCGCGGCUUACAAGCGGACUGGUGGUAUUCCGGACUGGAAUAUCCAGAUGAAGCGCUUUACAAUCGACGACUUCGCGCUCGCCUCGAUCGUCCAUCUCGGUGGGGACGUCUUCUCCGCCGAAAUCGAGCACGUCUCGCGCGCCGGCGCUCCGCCUCGCGGCCGCUUCUAGUUCUGCGUCCGCAACCCAAGGAUGAAGAGCACCUUUUCUCGCUGAGCCUGAGGCUCGAGCUACGUUAUUGCGCGCGUCGCGUCGGCCGCGCGCCCCCGUUAUAACUUAUUCUUAUUCGACCUCCCGC